AAAAUUGAGUACUUUUACGUCCGAGCCGUAAUAAUCUGAAACCACAAAAAUCAUCCAUGUUAAAACAGCUCAAGCUGUAUUCUCUCCCUCAUAAUCGGAAGUAGCAUUUCUCAACCUCCUUUGAAUAACCUCUACAAUUUAUCUCAACUCAAUUUGCCAUGCAAUAAAGAAACCCCGCAGCUCCCAUUUCUUAAAUUCUCUCGGGAAUAUUCAAGAAGAUGCUCAAGAACUCUGGCGGCAACUCGUUUAUGAAGAUUAAACAAUUUGAUGAGGAAACAAAUUCAGUUGCUUCUUUUGAAUCCACGUCUUUUGAGGAUUUUAAUUGGUCUUCUGUUAUUUUACCGUUUCUGUUCCCGGCUUUGGGCGGCUUGUUAUAUGGCUAUGACGUAGGUGCAACCUCUGGUGCUACCAUUUCGUUGCAGUCACCUAAGCUUAGUGGCACAACUUGGUUCAACCUUGCACCUUUCCAACUUGGUCUUGUUGUAAGCGGCUCCCUUUAUGGAGCUUUAUUUGGUUCAGUUCUCAUCUACCCAAUUGCUGAUGUAAUAGGGAGGAGGAGAGAGCUUAUGCUAGCAGCCAUAUUUUACCUGCUUGGUGGUCUUACAGCAGCAUAUGCUCCAAGCCUUAUUAUUCUUUUGCUUGGUCGUGUAAUCUACGGCUUUGGCAUUGGUCUGGCUUUGCACGGGGCUCCUCUAUAUAUAUCAGAGACUUGUCCAUCUCAAAUUCGUGGAACUCUAAUUUCUCUGAAAGAACUAUUAAUAGUAUUGGGAAUGUUGUUGGGCUAUUUUGUAGGUAGUUUUGAAAUAAAUAAAGUUGGAGGGUGGCGCUACAUGUUCGGACUUAGUGCUCCAAUUGCUUUGGUCAUAGGAUUAGGUACAUGGACUCUACCUCCUUCUCCACGUUGGUUACUUUUAAGAGAAGUUCGAGGUAAUGGGGCAAGAGAAAAUUACAAAGAGGAGGCUAUUUUUGCAUUGAGCAAACUUAGAGGCAGACCUCCUGGUGAUAAAUUAUCUGCAAUGGAAAUUGAUGAUGCGCUCACUUCACUAAAGUCUCAAUCUGAUAAGCCAGAAUCUGAGGGGAGUUUCCUAGAUGUGGUUCAAGGGCCAAAUUUUAAAGCAUUUAUAAUUGGUGGGGGUCUGGUCCUGUUUCAACAGAUAACAGGACAACCAAGCGUUCUCUAUUAUGCGGGUUCAAUCCUUCAGACUGCAGGAUUCUCUGCGGCUUCUGAUGCAACGAAAGUCUCAGUCCUUAUUGGUGUCUUCAAGUUGGUGAUGACAGGAAUAGCUGUUGUUCAAGUUGAUAAGCUAGGCAGAAAACCAUUGCUAAUUGGAGGUGUCAGUGGAAUAACCAUUUCGUUAUUUCUCCUUUCAGCAUAUUUCAAAGUCCUGCAACGGUUCCCUGCAGUUGCUUUGAUUUCUCUUCUUAUGUAUGUUGGCUGCUACCAGGCAUCUUUUGGACCAAUUAGUUGGCUUAUGGUGUCCGAGGUAUUCCCACUUCGAACAAGAGGGAGGGGCAUUAGUCUUGCAGUUUUUACAAACUUCGGUUCAAAUGCAGUUGUAACCCUAGCUUUUCCAGCAUUGAAGGAAUAUUUGGGUGCUGGAAACAUAUUUUUACUUUUUGGAGUAAUUUCUCUCGUUGCACUUGCAUUUGUCAUAUUCCAAGUCCCGGAAACAAAGGGUUUGACCUUGGAAGAAAUUGAAAGAAAAAUCUUGACUUGAAAGCUAAUCAAGCAAUAAUCAACAUUACAUAUUUCAAUUUUUCUGUAGGCAAUGAAGGUUUCUUAGUGGCAUGUAAAUUUCUCCAGUCUCUAGUGUAUUACAUUUAACAUGGUUUGCUUUAGUUAUUUUUUAUCUUGUUUCUUGCAAGUAAAUACCAAAUUAAUCUUUUACUUUGUCAUCAA